AUGGCUCUCAUUGUCCAAGCCUACACGUUCCUGCAGCAAUAUGCCGUCUCUUGGAUGGAAGCUGUUCCCAAGAAGAACUCAGGAGCUAUCAGAUUAGGUGUCCUUUCGACAGCACAGAUCAAUCCAGCGGCCGCCUUCCACCCCGCCGAGACUCACCCAGAUGUCAUCCUCUACGCCAUUGCGUCCCGUGAUGCCGCAUCCGCGCAGAAGACAGCCAAGCAAUACAAGUUUCAGAAGUCCUACGGCUCCUACCAAGCCCUGCUCGACGACCCAGAGGUUGACGCCGUCUACGUCUCCACGCCGAACGGCAUGCACUACGAGUGGGCCCACAAGGCGCUGAAAGCGGGGAAGCACGUCCUGCUGGAGAAGCCUUUCACCUCAAAUGGCGAGGAAGCUCGAAAGCUCGUCGAAACCGCCCAGCAGACCGGGAAGGUCCUGGAAGAGGCCUUCCACUGGCAGUUCCACCCUGCAGCCCACGCCUGGCGCGAGAUCAUCGACUCCGGCAAAUACGGGCCCAUCAUCGCCACCGACUCGCGCAUGACGGCCAGCCCGGGCGUGCCCCAUGGGGAUAUCCGCUGGCAGUACGACCUCGCGGGCGGCAGCUUCAUGGACUGCACGUACGCGCUGUCGUUCACGCGGUACGCUCUGCAUGCCGAGACGCCCGUGAAGGUCCUCUCGGCGGUUGCGCGGCCGUAUGAGAAGGACGAGCGCGUGGAUGCUGGGAUGCAUACGACGUUGCUGUUCAAGGACAAGCGCGGCGAUAUCGUGCAGAGCCGGGUGUACACGGACUUGGCUCGCUCGUGGGUCUCGGGCUUCAUUCCCAGGGCCUGGGAGUUUCCGGCUAUCGAGGUGGAGACGGAUAAGGCGGUCAUCUACUUCUAUAAUGCGAUGAUGCCGCAUCUGUACCACUAUAUCUCGGUUACGGAGAAAGCAACUGGCAAGACCACGGUCAAGAAACAGUACAAGGGAGGCCCGAAAUGGGGUGAUGUGGAGACGUCUGGAGGUAAAGGGGGACGGCCAUCAUGGAGUACGUACCGCUACCAGAUGGAGGCUUUCGUCGAUCGUAUCAAGGGGAAAGAGCCGGCAUGUUGGGUGCCGAACGAGGACAGCAUCGCGCAAAUGGAAAGCAUAGAUGCUGUGUAUGAACACUCCGGCCUUGGAAAACGACCAUCGCGUUCUCUGGAAGAGUGA